GAUGUCGAGAUGUCGAUUUUUCGUUCCAACAGGUUGCCGAUCCUUUUUAGUGCGAACGCCAUUGUUGUAAAGCGUUACUUGUGGUGUUGUGUGUUGAUUUAAUUGUUUUUAUGUGUUUAUUGUGAUGUUUCAUUUAGAUUUUGCAUUUAAAGUAGUCAUAAGUGAAUAGUAGUGCAAAUGCAUAAUUAAACUCAGCUCCCCGGACUUGGUGCGAUCUCAUUUUCGAUAUGUAUUGACUGACAGUCCAAAUGUGCCCGAAUCCCGCCUUGUGGGUUAUUGAUUGCAAGCGGCGCACUUCACACUGCCUGUCGUAGUUGACUGCAAUCGCGUGAGCUGGUACAAAAUACGUAGCGGCCAUGUUUUUUGUGUCUCAGGUCUUGUAGACUGCAUGGGGUGUUUUACAUCACCCAAUUCAUUCAGUCCUGCAAUGGAAAUGAAUGGAUACGAUUCACCCGCUUCAGAAAUGAAGUAAAGAGCAUUAUGUUUUGAAGCAGAAUAAUUGUCAACCUUUACGGUUACCAAUUAAGAUCAUUUUAAAAUGUUUUAUUCAAUUUUAAAGUAAUACUUAUAAUUUACCAAAACAUCAAUUUUAUCUGAAAUCAUAUUAUAAUAUUUUUAAGUUAUUCUUAGCAAUAGUAACAUUGCUGUAGUUCUUAAUUAUACUAUUGUGUCAAAGUAAAUUUAAAAGUAAAAUUAGAAGCUUAUUUGCAUAACCAAUUUAAUCGUAUAUAUUAUAAUAUAUUUAAUUGUGCAAUUUGAUCUUGUAUAAGAAAUAUUUUUUAAGCAAAAUAAAACAAUUGACAAACUGCUUAUUAUAAUGCUCGUGAACACAUCAAAUUUGCAUUUGUAAUCCUGAAUGGACAACCUAUGUUGAGCCUGUUAUGAAGUACCCGCAGCUGGUAUCUGGCCGGACAGUGUCUGGCAUCGGAGGCUGGUUAUCCACUGAACUUGAUUCACACGGUUUAGACGGCCGAGUCUACGCUAGACUUGUGCUGUCUCUUCUACAUGCACCAGUCGAAUUCAACCCAAGAGAUCUACGAGAGGCAACUAGUGCUAUUGAGAAUAAGAAGAAUAGGAAAAGCACACAAGUUGUAGAGGAAGAUUGCUUGUGGUUUGAAACAAAUCACGGUCUGUGGACUUCUGAACAAGCUAAACGCUACGCUGCUGUAGAAUGUCUCAAAUCAGCUUCUGAACAGAAGGCUGGAAUUGAAAGCUUAGUUGAUGAGCUUUGUGCAAAGCUUCGCGAGAUCGAAAACGAACAAUCUCCCGAAAAAGAUUUUCAACAAGCAAACUCAACAGAAAAUAAUGCUAAACGCUGUGAAAAUCCUGUCGAACUGGCCAAUAAAUAUUAUGCUGCAUUUCCUGCAUUAUCUGGAAUAAAUCAAGAAGAAAAAACUGUAUCAUUUUACCCCUCUGAACCAUCAGCUUGGUUGACCAAAUCUACAAUAACAGCUACCACUCCUUCAGAAAAGUCAACUAAAAGAUACAACAAUAAAAGAAAAUCAUUUAGAAAACGCAAUAAGAUGUGGAAAGAAACAGAUACUGAUCGCAAACAGCAGAAUGUCAAGGCAAUCAGAAACCGGGCUGAGUUGGGCAAGAAGGCCAAAAAUAGAAUACAUGGCCGACCUUCUGAUGUCUGGGACACUGAUUGGGAGCUUGGCAACGAGGAGCUUUUGCGAGAAUACAUUAACAAUCAAUGCGAUAGCAAAGAUGAAGGUUAUGACACGCCCAUAAAAUGUGAUGAAAAGGAUUUGGAUGAUGUUUGUUUCAACCGGGAGUGGAUUUAUGAAUAUGAACUGAACAGCAAAAAAUGUGAAAGACCAGAAACAGUCAUAGAUGAGAUAAAUAUGGCCAAAUUCAAAGCAAAAUUUAAUGAAAGUGUGGAAGCUUUAUGGAAUGAUAAGCCUGCUGAUACAUCCAUCGAUGAGUUAAACUUACCAGUUGAUUUCCAAGAUUUACUCUCAUCUCCAAGUGACACCAUGUUUGGUGAUGUAGUUGAUGGUAAAGCCAAAAAGCUUCCCAGGAGUAGUGGUCGUUUCAUGAAGAACUCAAUCUGGUCUGAAAAUUUUAAUGAAGAUGAAACAGACUGCAUGCUUAAUGAGAAGAGUUUUUAUCCGAGAGCAAGUGCAGCAUCUGAUGAGUACAAACAUCAGUUGGAACUUGUUCGGUCAUGUUGGGAAAAUUCAGAUAUGGAAACAAAGAACAUUAAAAGUGAAUGCAGUAGCAUGCCGUGGCAGUCUAAUUUCUCAAGUAGCUCAGAUCUCAAUGCAAAAUCUGGCAAAUGGUCAGAUGUUAUAUCACAGAAUUUUCUGAACACUCCCUAUCGCAUAUUGAAUCACAGCAAACACUUGAGCAGCUUUAGUGAGGUAGUGCCUAAAGCUAACACCAGCGAGUGGCCUGCACAAGUGAUAAUUGACAGAUUUGCCAUGGUACAAAAGUCAUACACUCUGUCAAAUUCCUCAGUUCCUGUAAGCGCUACUAAAGUUCCAGAUAAUCCUGAGGAUGAUUUGUUAACAUCUCCCAAAACUCAUUUUCGUCCCAUAAAAGAAGAUGGCUAUGCUGAUGGAACCACUUUUGCUAUUUCAAGUGCUAUUGACACUGUCAACUACAAACUUUGUGAAGAUGGAUUGUUAGCAAUCACUUCUGACACACAAUCAAAACGUUACAUGGUGUACAAGCAAAACGGGAUAAUGAAUAAUUUGGAAAAUUGCAUUAAAGAUGAGUUUAUUGUUAAAUUUUGUGUGCAACAAAUCUCAAAGGCCUGUCAAACUGAUGAAUUGAUGUUUGAUCUUUUGCACAUGGCAAAUAUUAGUGAGGAAAGUACACAUGGAAUAGAUUCGUGCUGUUGCUAUUGUGAUAUUGAAAAUGCUGGGAAGAAUAUGGCUGGUAUGCAGUAUAUGAAAACUGGACAAAUGGAUUAUGAUAUUUUUGAUAAAGAGAUUCAACAAUUGGGUGCGAGAAAGUGGUGUACAAAAUGCUCUCCCACUGUAACUUCACAUAACAACAACAACAUCUGGAACUCGAAUUGGCUUCCUGACAAACAAAUAUCAACCAUUGACAGUUCAACCAAUACAUCCAUGGACUGCGAUAAGGUGUCAACUGAUCCAUUGCUUCGAAUAUGGUCGAAUGAUGAAAAACAGUGUCUGUCUUGCGAUAACAACAAUCUAGUUAGCGAUAUACAUGAACUGAAAUCAGAAUUGCGCAAGGAUGGCGAAGAAAUUCUAAGUGAUUUGAGUUACAUGCAAAGCUUAUACAUCGGCUCUGAAUGGGAUGAAGAUGAACAAGAUCACACCAUCGAUACGGACAAUGUAGCCAUGGAGUCCGAGACUCCAUUUGAUGUGAAUAAAUUGAUCUCAAAUUUCAUAAAGCCAGGAGAUGUAUUGAACUUACUGAAGAAUGGAGCUGUAAUACAACCUUUAGCAAAGGAUGGAACUGUGAUCAGCUGUCAACCGACAAAAAGUGACAGAAAACGAAGGCAUUCUUCAACAACCAGAAAUCAUAUUGAAACAUCUGGUGAGUGUAAGAAACCCCAUUGUAAAUUCUCUCAUGAGAUCACUUCGAUGCCGUGCCAGUUGUGGGCUGACAAUUCUUGUCAACCUGAUGGUUUAUGUCCAUACCAGCACACAUCGGCUUACGCAAGACCAUUGACACGUUAAUUGAUUUUUCUUUCACAAUGAGAACUUUAAAAUGACUUUUUUGUGUCAAGUACAGCUCUAUUCAGCUGUAUCAUGAUUGCUAAACUAUAUUUCAGUUGGAAAAUGAAUAAGAAUUUGAUCUUGACACUUUUGAAAUGGAAGUUAUUAAAAAACCUUUUAUUUUUGUUAUGGAAAAUCAAAUUUUCUAAAUUAAAAUUAGUUGAAUUUAUUUUUUGUUACUAAAUUU